GGGGGACGGGGAUGAGGUACCUUCCCCUGUGUCACCUGGGGUUCCCCACAUCCUCAUCUCCUUACCCCCCUUUUUUUUUAGCAUCUCAAUGGAGUUGCCUCCCCAUGUCUGCCUCCCUUGCUCCCUCUUUAUCCUUCCCUUCGUCCCAUCUCCACCUCCCUCCCUCUCUAUGCUUCCUGCGCCCCCCCCCAAUUUCCGCCUCCUUCCCACUCUAUCCUGCGCCCCCAUCUCCGCCUUCCCUCGCCUCCAUUCCUGCCUCCCUCCCACUCCAUCCUUCCCCUAUCUCCACCACCCUUUCUCUCUGUCCUUUCAAUGCCCCCAUCUCACUCUCUCUAUAUCUUUCCCCCCUGACCUCUUAUCUCUGCCCCCCUUCUUAUCUUUUAUUCCCCUACCCCCCAUAUCCACCUCCCUCCCUCUCUAUCCUUCCUGCCCCCCCCCCCCCAAUUUCCGCCUCCUUCCCACUCUAUCCUGCGCCCCCAUCUUCGCCUUCCCUCGCCUCCAUUCCUGCCUCCCUCCCACUCCAUCCUUCUAUCCUUCCCCUAUCUCCACCACCCUUUCUCUCUGUCCCUUCUAUGCCCCCAUCUCACUCUCUCUCUAUAUCUUUCCCCCUGACCUCUUAUCUCUGCCCCCCUUCUUCUCUUUCAUUCCCCUACCCCACAUAUCCACCUCCCUCCCUCUCCUUCCUGCGCCCCCCCCCAUUUCCGCCUCCUUCCCACUCUAUCCUGCGCCCCCAUCUUCGCCUUCCCUUCGCCUCCAUUCCUGCCUCCCUCCUUCUAUCCUUCCUCUAUCUCCACCACCCUUUCUCUCUGUCCCUUCUAUGCCCCUAUCUCCAUCUCACGCUCUCUAUAUCUUUCCCCCCUGACCUCCAUCUCUGCCCCCCAUCUUCUCUUUCAUUCCCCCUACCCCCCAUAUCCACUUCCCUCCCUCUCUAUCCUUCCUGCGCCCCCCCCCCCCCCAUUUCCGCCUCCUUUCCACUCUAUCCUGCGCCCAUCUUCCCUCGCCUCCAUUCCUGCCUCCCUCCCACUCCAUCCUUCUAUCCUUCCCCUAUGUCCACCACCCUUUCUCUCUGUCCUUUCUAUGCCCCCAUCUCACUCUCUCUAUAUCUUUCCCCCCUGACCUCCAUCUCUGCCCCCCUUCUUCUCUUUCAUUCCCCUACCCCCCAUAUCCACCUCCAUCCCUCUCUAUGCUUCUCCACUUCCCUUCCUCUCUAUCCUACCCCCAUCUUCCACCCUUUCUCUUUAUCCUUUAGGCCCCUUUCACACAGGGCAGAGGAUGUGCAUUGGCGGUAUAGCGGCGCGAUUUUUAGCGCCGCUAUACCAUCAUAUUAA